CACAGAGAUGGACUCGCCACCUAUGUUCAACAGCGUCGAGGAUGAGUGCCGAUAUUGGAAGGAGCGCUCAAAACAAUAUCACAAAGAGUGGACAGACGUAAAGCAGGAGUAUGAUGAGUUUGUGGAGCAGUCGCGAGAGAUGGAAAUUGAAAUGGACGCCACUCUGGACCAGAAGCAGAGUAUAAUCAAAGAUCUCACUGCCAAGCUCACAAAGUUUGAGCGGGAAAACGAGUCACUCAAGCUAAAGAUGGACUCCCAUGCCAUUGAAACGUCAAACAUGGAAAAACAACUGGAUGCCGUAAAGAAGGAACGCGACUCCAUGAAGGUGUAUUUGCGUCAGCUGGAACAGAAGAACGAUGAUCUGGAGCGUGCACAUCGCAUCCUCAACGAAAGCAUAGAGAACUUUGAGAAGAUGCUGGAUGUGGCGUACGAAAAGAAUGCUCUUCUCGAGCUGGAAGUAGACGAAAAAGGUGUGUUGCAGGAGAAGCUGCAGCGGCUGAUGGAUGAGACGAGAGAUCUCAAGCAAGAGCUGAAUGUCAAGUCACGUUACACACCUGCGGCAAAUGGCACCUGUAAUGGCACCGCCACUAACUCCACUAACAGCUCUAUGAAUUCGUCCGCCUCGCUGCCCAAUGGCAUAGUGGCCAACGGCGAUUUAACGAAUCACGACAACAUGGUGGUCAAUAAUUCCACCAGCGUGGGGACCUUAAAUGGCACCUUAGUUAAUAGAAACGAAUAUAACCAGCAGCAUUCGCUUAGAAAUCCCAGAAAUCUAAUCAAUGGCAAUUCCAUGAAUGCCAGCUACCGUUCAAAUGCGCUCAACGUUGUGGCCGACAUGUUAAGAAAACUAAACGCCAUGGAGACGAAGCUGAAGACGUACCGCGAACAUGGGCAGCACCAGCGGCAGAGAUCGACACAGCAGCCCGUGCAUCCGGUGCUGGAUGCGGAGUAAUCAAGUUCCACCCGUUUAGUUGGCUUUGCGUUCGCGUUGCGUUAAUGUUAAUCUGUUAGCGUUAUUAUUUAACUUUCGCUGCCCUCUUUUAUUUAUUUUUUCACUUAACAUGACUUUUUGUAAAUGGAGAUAAAACCUUUUUCAAUUUUCGGUAUUUUUAAUUACACAACAGUUAAUGUUGUCGUUUCAAGCCCAACAUGUAACACGCCUUAGUACGAUUUAAGAGUAUAUACCCCUAAGCUAAGUCUAAUUUGGACCUGUUAACUAUCACACGAUUGUUUAUUCUUGGCAUAUACAUAUGAUGUGUUUUAAUAGUUUAAGACUAAAGAUCCCCCCGCAAGCAAAAGCAAAAGAAGCUGUGUCCAAGUAUUAUUAUUUUACAGUGGACAGCCUUACAGCCCAAAACAACCAAUACUCGUAGUGUUUAGAAGA